GGUUUCUCGAGAUGUUUCCUCCAUUACUUUCUCGGUUGUGAAACACAACACUUGUUUCGAAAUCUUUGCGAAUAAAGAUCAAUAAUGGCUACAAGAACUGAGUUUAGAGAUGUUCUGAAACAGAGCCAAAGAACAUCGGAGGUGGCAGAAAAGGAGGGUCAAGGAAGUGGCACUGACAAUGAGAACCGGGUCAGGACGAAACGUUCAAGCCAUAGUCGUCAAAAGGAAUGUUUCAAUGAGAGUUUGGAACAUAAUGAUGAGCUUGUGAAAUAUAUGUCUAAGUUGCCAGGUUAUCUCCAACGUAUAGAGAGAGGUGAAGAAAGUGUUCAGAGUAAUGUUUUGAAUGUUGGAGUCUUGGAUUGGGAACGUCUAGAGAAAUGGAAGAAUGGUCGAGCAAAAGGCGGUGAAAGAUCAGGAAAAUCUGAGAGGAAAGUGUCUACUAUUGCUACUUCAGGAGUAGUUCCCAAUGAAUCUCAUAGGUGUAAGAUUGAUGACCAGUUGCCUACUUGUUCGAAUCUCGGUAAAGUUAAAGCUUCCCGGGAUCUUCAACAUUCUCUUCACGGAGUUAGAUGCACUUUGGAUCCUGAGUUGGCUUCUAGGGAUUCAUUAAAUAAGCAGGAACUAGCAACUUGUAGCUAUAAGUCCUAUGGUAGAGAUCACAAAGCAGUGGAACCGAGGAAGAGCAGAAGAACGCAUUCAAACCGGGAAUCAACUUCAGUUUUAUUGCCAGAAAUGGGAAACUCUGGGGGGUCACUGGUCAUCAAGAAAAACUUAGAUAAGGAUACUCAGAAGAGAGCAGGGGAGACACAUGCAAAAGAAGCAAGAGAAAGAGCUAAAGAAUGUGUUGACAAGUUAGAUGGGGGUGAGAAGAUCAUUUGCGAUUCGAAAGCUGGUCAUACUUCUGAAAAGCAGGAGUUGAGCAACAUUUUUCUCCUUCGAUCAAGAAAACAGUCCCGAGGCACUCUUUCCGGUGAGCCCCAAAUCUCUAGAGACGUUAACCGCUCUCUAGACUUUUCCGACAGAAUCAAUAGCUCUUUAGGAUUGAGCUCUCAAACUCCUCGUUCCUGUCCACUCUCUUUCGACUUAGAGAGAGAUUCUGAAGAUAUGAUGUUGCCUCUUGGUACUGAUCUUUCUGGUAAAAAGGAACGGUUUGGUGGGAAAAGGCAUUCAAAGACAGCUUCAAGGAUAUUUGAUCUAGAAUUUCCUGAAGAUGAAUCCAGAAAGGAGAGACACCCUUCACCGAGCAAGCGGUUUAGUUUUAGUUUUGGUCGUCUCAGCCGAAGUUUCAGCGUGAAAGAGAUUUCAACCGGCCACCCUCUGAGUUCUUCUGAGGAUACCAUCAAGUCUGGUUCUAUGAGAUUUGAUGGUUCAGUUUGUCCAUCUCAGUCAAGCAACCCGGAGAACCAGAACACUCAUUGCCGAUCUCGAGUUAGCCCUCUAAGACGGUUUCUUGAUCCUUUACUGAAACCCAAAGGCUCUGAAAAUGUUCAUCCAUCAAAAGCAAGAUCAAGUUCUUCCAAUCCAGAGCCAACAACCAACAUCAACGUACCACUUCAAGACGAAAAGAAGCAGGAUACAUCGAGAACCCGAGCUAUUUUUCAGCUCACAAUCAGAAAUGGCAUCCCUCUGUUUCAAUUUGUGGUCGAUGAUAACAACAGCAGCAGCAGGAGCAUUCUCGGGGCUACAAUGAAAAGCUCGGAUUCAUCGUUCAAAGAUGAUUCUGUUCAGUACUGCACAUUCUACUCUGUUAAUGAGGUCAAAAAGAAGAAAAGCGGAAGCUGGCUAAUUCAUGGACACAAAGAGAAACACUGCGGGUUCGUCUACAAUGUAAUCGGUCAAAUGCGGUUGGGAAACUCAAUGAGCGCAGAUAUAUCAGAGCAGAAAUCUGAAAUCAUCUCUCCUGUGAUCACAGAAUCAGUUCUGUUUGACGAGUCAGAGCAAGUAAAAGGGAGGAGGGAGGUUGCAGCUGUAGUGAUCAAGAAGAAGCCGGUCGAAGGAAGCUAUACUAGCCUCGAGGAAACGAGUGUGAUAAUUCCUGGCGGCGUUCACAGCUUCCCGGAGAAAGGAGCACCAUCGCCAUUGAUUAGCCGGUGGAGAUCUGAAGGGUUAUGCGACUGCGGUGGCUGGGAUGUUGGAUGUAAACUCCGUGUCCUCUCCAACAAAACAGUCCUCCAUGAAUUCAACCAAAGCUUCAAACUUUUCGAUCAGGAAGGAAGUGAACAAGACUCGGGUCCUGCUUUGGCAAUGACGGAGCUGAAAACAGGGAUCUAUAGGGUGGAGUUUGGUUCGUCUGUUUCGCCGUUACAAGCGUUUUUUGUGUGCGUGACGGUACUAACAUGUGCAUCCGAGGCAAAGACCACCGGAAAAUCUUCUUCUCCUAUGGCUCCGCCGCUAUCUCCAGUUGGUAGAGUCUAAACUCAGGACACAUAUAGAGUAUCUAAUGAUCGUUUUUUUCUUUCUUAUAAAUUCCCAACGUUGUA